AUGCGCACGUGGGAGAAAUCGUUUGGCUGCCAUCUUUGCCGGGCCAGUUUCUCCCAGUUGUCCAACCUGAAGAGGCACCAGAGGGUCCACACAGGAGAGAAAUCCUACAGCUGUCUGCAGUGUGAGAAGAAGUUCUCCUGCCAGCACCGACUGCUGAGUGUUCAGACUAAAGCCAACAAGCUGUAUGCCUGCCCCACGUAUGGGAAGCGCUUUGCUGAGGCGAACUAUGUGAAGAGGCACCAGACUGUUCACACCAAGGAGAGGCCCUUCAAGUGCAAACUAUGUUACAAGAGCUUCUCCUUCCUGACUAACCUGACCAGACAUAGGAGUGUCCCCAACAGGGAGAAAUCGUAG